AACGUAAAGAAUAUACUCGAAGAAUUUGCCGAGAAUCUAACAAAUAUGCGUGGAAAGUGUAUGGACGUUGGUUGCGGUCCUGGAGAUAUAACAAAGAACUUAUUGUUACCGGCUCUUGGCUCAGAUGCACGAAUAAUUGAUUAUAUAAGGCACUGCUAAGAUAAUACCGCGGCACAAAGUUGUCAAAACCACAGUGCAAAAGUCCGGGAAGUCAUGACUAGUCCAGAAGUUUACAGUGCAAAUGACAACCUAAUGAAAUAUAACGUAAAGAAUAUACUCGAAGAAUUUGCCGAGAAUCUAACAAAUAUGCGUGGAAAGUGUAUGGACGUUGGUUGCGGUCCUGGAGAUAUAACAAAGAACUUAUUGUUACCGGCUCUUGGCUCAGAUGCACGAAUAAUUGGUACGGAUAUUUCGGAGGAAAUGAUUAAAUAUGCAAAUGUAGCAUCCAAUGAUGAAAAACGUGUCCAAUUCGAAGUACUGGAUAUUGAAACUAAAAAUUUACCUAAAAAAUAUAUUACUGAAUUUGAGCAUGUAUUUUCGUUUCACGCUUUGCACUGGUGCUGUGACAUUAGACAAGCUUUUAAGAAUAUUUAUCAAAUACUACGACCCAAUGGAACUACGCUUUUAUAUAUGAUGGCCUCUCAUGAUAUGUUUGAAGUUCUUAGAAUUUUAGCGCGAGACGUUCGCUUUGAACAAUAUAUACCGGAUAAGAUGAAAAACAGUGGACUGUAUCAUAAUUCAAAGAAUGCUCGCAAAGAGUUGAAAGAAUUACUUCAAAGCGUCGGAUUUACAGUUCACCAUUGUAGCCUUCGGGAGGCGAGCUAUUCUCAGGAAAAACCAGAACAGUUUGUGAGUACGGAUAUUUCGGAAGAAAUGAUUAAAUAUGCAAAUGUAACAUCCAAUGAUGAAAAACGUGUCGAAUUCGAAGUACUGGAUAUUGCAACUAAAAAUUUACCUAAAAAAUAUAUUACUGAAUUUGAGCAGGUAUUUUCGUUUCACGCUUUGCACUGGUGUUGUGACAUUAGGCAAGCUUUUAAGAAUAUUUAUCAAAUACUACGACCCAAUGGAACUGCGCUUUUAUAUAUAGUAGCCUCUCAUGAUAUGUUUGAAGUUCUUAGAAUUUUAGCGCGAGACGUUCGCUUUGAACAAUAUAUACCGGAUAAGAUAAAAACCAUUAGCCCGUAUCAUGAUUCAAAGAAUGCUCGCAAAGAGUUGAAAGAAUUACUUCAAAGCAUCGGAUUUACAGUUCACCAUUGUAGCCUUCGGGAGACGAGCUAUUCUGAGAAAAAAUCAGAACAGUUAUUGAAAUCAGUAAUAUCCUUGUUGGCAUUUCUUGAAAUCAUGCCAAAUGAUGUAAUGGAAAAAUUCAAAAAAGUAUUAAUACAUGAAUACUUGAAAAGAAAAAUUAACUACAAAUCAAUAGAUGAUAAGGAACUUACAUUAGAUCUAUAUACAGUGUUAGUGGUUUAUGCGCAGAAGAUUGUAUAACAAUUGUAUAAACAUGUAUACAAUCAUAGAAACAUAGUAACACAUUUUGUAGACAGCACUAACACUAAUAUUAACAAAUGUUUCUAAUAUUGUGGGACAAAGAAUAGCAUAGCGGCGAUAACAGAACAUACGAGUAACGAGAGACUUCACUUCGUUCCGAGUCAUCUUCUCUAGAAGUUCUGUCAACGAUAAUUUAAAACACGUUCAUGUUUCCUUCUGUUAAUCCCACAAUAUUAAUAAUAUAAAAUAAAUACCAUAUUAUAUAGA